AUGGCAUCUCAACCGACCCCGAGCCCUCAGACGGCCAACCUGGACCGCUACGUCGUGAUCCAUGUAGCCACGACUUGUGACGAGCACGGCGUAUAUGUCACUAAAGACUCCGCCGAGGUGAUUGAGCUGGGAUGGAUUCUGCUCGAUGCAAAGUCGUGCGAAGAGCUGCAUCGUGAGUCUGUUCUCGUGAAGCCUGUCAACACGCCAAUCACGGCUCUAUGCAUCCGCAACGCCGGCUCCUUCCGCGACGCAGUUGAUCGUUUUACAAACUUCUACACCGAGCACAUUGCACCCAAGAACCUUGAGUUCGCCUUUGUGACGCUAGAUUCGUGGGACCUCCGCGUCCAGCUGCCGCGCGAAGCCCGUGACAAGGCAGUUGUUCUUCCUCCCUACCUCCAACACUCGCGUACCUUCGAUCUCCGCACAGAAUACCAGCGGUGGCAGGCACACCACCCAGAGUCCCUUCCGUUUGGGUCCAGCGCGUUGACAAACAUUUGUGCAGCGCUCGAAGUGGAGCCCGUCCAAUCGUCGGCCCCCAUCAAGCACAACCUGCCCUUUCACCUGCAGGCCCUCGCUCCUGCCUCGCCUCGCCGGGCCAUGGAGGAGGCCGUUACGCUCGCUCGCGUACUUCGCGGGCUUAUCCGGAAGUCACAACCACCACAAGAUCACCCAGACGUGCUGACCAAGCCCAUGGAUGCUCGCGCUGACGUCCGCGCCUUCCUGUCAGAGCGAAGCAAGGUUCUCCACAUGAGCGGCCUUCCCCACGACACUACUCAGUCAGAGCUUGAGAGCUGGUUUACCCAGUUUGGUGGACGUCCCAUCGCCUUCUGGACCCUCCGCACUCCCGAUCAGCAUAAGCCAACCGGAACCGGCUUUGCCAUCUUCUCCUCUCACGAAGAGGCCGCAGAGUCUCUCUGUAUGAAUGGCCGUGCGUUGAAUGAGAAGGCCAUUGAGGUUUCUCCCUCCUCCAGCCGCGUCAUCGACCGCGCUGCCGACAUCAUCGUUCCUUUCCCACCUAGCAAGAACCGCCCCCGUCCCGGUGACUGGAACUGCCCUUCGUGUGGCUUCUCCAACUUCCAGCGUCGUACCGCUUGUUUCCGAUGCUCUUUCCCCGCCAUGCAGCAGGGUCCACCAGGUGGUGACCCCAUGGCUUACGGUGGUUACGGAUACGGUGGCCACCCUGGCAUGAUGGGUCCUCCUCAGCACCACAUGGGCCACGGCCAUGGCCACGGAAUGGGUGGUGGACACAUGCGUGGAGGUACCGGUGCCGUCCCCUUCCGCGCUGGAGACUGGAAGUGCGGUGAGAACGGCUGCGGCUACCACAACUUCGCCAAGAACACUGCCUGCCUCCGCUGUGGUGCGAGCCGCGCAGGUGCAGCUGUCGUCGCCGACUCGGCCUUCCCCUCUCCUAUGGAUACUCCCUCCGGCUUCGGCAUGGGUCCUCCCUCAAUGGGCGGCACUCCUGGCGGUGGUCCCUAUGGCCCAGCUGGCUACGGCGGUGGUGGAUUCCCGGCUCAGCAGUACGGUGGUCCUCCCAGCUCAUAUGCUCUGCCCUCUGGUAUGGGCGCUGCUAGCCCCUACCCUCCUAUGGGUGCUCAGUACGUGCCUAACGGCGGCAUGCACUCUACUCCCUUCGACAGCCGUUCAGCCGAAGCUGCCUUCUCUUCCGCAGACCCAUACCCUAACCAGGGUGCCGUCAACGGCGGUGACGGUCGUAACGAUCCUUUCGCAUUCCUUUCGACAGGCUUUGGCUCUCUUUCCAUGAACGAUGACCGCCGUAACGUCUCGAACCCCGCCAACAAGUCGCCGGCGUAA